AUGGUUCAGAUGGCGAGAGUGAAUCUGGCUGUGAUCAUGGACUUGACGGAUUUUCAGAACGUUUUCACACGGGUUGCGCCAUACAUCCCACCGAAAUUCGAAGAGCUCUCGAGUGGUGAUGCAGAAUUCCAACGAUACCUAAAUGUUGGUGAAGGACUGAUGAUUCAAAAAGAGGACGGUGGACCGGAAUUUGCCUCUAAUGAUCCACUUGAUAUUGAGCACCUUGACAUGGCAUGGGGACUGCAAUUGCGGCCAUCUGGAUUACGUACGCAUGUCACAACGAAGUGA